AUAUUUUAUUGAAUUAUUUUUUCAUCAUAAUUAUAUUGAAGUCUAUAUACACACUCAUUUCUUCUUUUUCUUUUCAGAUAAGUUACAUUAUUUUAUUUCCAUGAGAAUUCAACUAUAUUAAGGGUCUCAUAUGUAUCCUUAAACUUUUCUAUUCCAACUCUCAUUUUCUUUCUAAGAAAUAAAAACAAGUUGCAUGUAAUUGUUGGUUGUUUCCAUUUUAUGUUUUUCAUUCACAGGAGAAAACUGUUCACAUUCUAAGAUUUUGAGCUAAAAAGAAGAUGGAUGAUUUUUGGAGCAUGAUUUGUGGAGACUAUGAUUGUUCUAAGAAUGAAGAAAAGUCUUUAUGUUAUGAUUUAACUCUUUUGAAAGAUCCUUCUUCAUGUAUCAACCAUGUCUUAGUUAUUUUCUUUGAUGUUUUAGUGUUGAUAUUGAUAUUCAUCAUGAUCUUAAAGUCUUCUUUGAGACCCUAUUGGAGGAAUCAAGUAAGAUAUUCAAACUUGCAGCUAGUUUCUGCCAUAACCAAUGGAUUUCUUGGGAUAUUGCAUUUAUCUUUAGGAGUAUGGUUUUUAGAGGAGAGUUUAAGAAAAACUCACAAAGCAUUUCCUCUUCAUUGGUGGUUGCUAGAACUCUUUCAUGGUUUCACUUGGUUAGUUGUAAGUUUAACCAUUAGUCUUCGGAUAAAACAAAUCGCAAAAGCAUCGAUGUGGUUUUUUUCUAUGCUUAUAUUCUUUGUUUCUGGUAUAUUAUGUGCAUUAUCCAUGUCUUAUGCAAUUGAAAGUAGAGAAUUGUCACUCAAGGUAGCUUUUGAUAUUAUAUCAUUUCCAGGAGCAGCUUUGUUGCUUUUGUGCACAUACAAACGAUGUAAAUGUAACGAUACUGACAGAGAAAUUGAUGAUGAUAGUCUUUGUACUCCUUUGAAUGGCGAGUUCAAUGAAACUAAUCUUACUAGCCAUGUUACUCCAUUUGACAAAGCUGGAUUCUUUAAUAAGAUUUGGUUUUGGUGGUUGAAUCCGUUGAUGAAAACGAGUCAGGAGAAAACACUUCAAGACGAGGAUAUUCCAAACUUGAGAGAGUCUGACCGUGCAGAAAUUUGUUAUGUGUCGUUUAUGGAACAGUUAAACAAAGAAAGACAAUGUGAAACAUCGUAUCAGUCAUCGGUUUUAUGGACAAUCAUUUCGUGCCACCGAAGAGAGAUUUUGGUAACCGGAUUCUUUGCAUUGCUUAAGGUACUCGCUAUAUCUUCUACUCCUUUACUUCUGAAUGCCUUUAUAUUGGUUGCUGAGGGUAAUGAAAGUUUCAAAUAUGAAGGUUAUGUGUUGUCUGUAUCACUCUUUCUUAUAAAAAUCAUAGAAUCACUAUCACAAAGACAAUGGUAUUUCAACACUAGACUUGUUGGGAUGAAAGUUAGAUCACUACUUAAUGCAGCCAUUUAUAAGAAAAUAUUAAGGCUAUCCAAUUCUGCAAGAAUGAUUCAUUCUGGUGGCGAGAUAAUGAAUUAUAUGAUCGUUGAUGCAUAUAGAAUUGGAGAAUUUCCGUUCUGGUUUCACCAGACAUGGACAACAAUCCUCCAAUUGUGUAUUGCAUUAGUAAUUCUUUUCCGCACAAUUGGAUUAGCGACACUAGCAUCAUUGGCAGUAAUAGUUUUUACCGUGAUUUGCAAUUAUCCACUAGCAAAGUUACAACAUAAGUAUCAGAGCAAACUUAUGGUGGCACAAGAUGAGAGAUUAAAGGCGAGUUCUGAAGCUCUUGUGAAUAUGAAAGUGCUGAAGUUGUAUGCAUGGGAAAAACAUUUUAAGAAUGUUGUAGAUUUCUUAAGAAAUGCGGAACUCAAAUUGUUAUAUGCAGUGCAAUUAAGAAGAACAUACAAUACCUUUCUCUUUUGGACCUCUCCAAUGUUGGUGUCUACUGCUUCUUUUCUAGCAUGUUACUUCUUGAAUGUUCCUUUGAAUGCAAGUAAUGUUUUCACUUUUGUGGCAACUGUGCGCCUUGUUCAAGAGCCAAUUACCAGUAUCCCAGAUGUUAUUGCGGUGGUCAUUCAGGCAAAAGUUGCAUUUGCUCGAAUUGUUAAUUUCCUUGAUGCACCAGAACUGCAGGGUGAAAAAUUGAAGAACAGAUGCUUCAAUGAUGACCUCAAAGGCUCCAUUUCAAUAAAAUCUGCUAACUUUUCAUGGGAAGGUAAUGUAUCAAAGCCGACACUAAGGAGCAUAAAUUUAGAGGUUCGACAUGGCCAAAAAGUGGCUAUUUGUGGAGAAGUUGGCUCAGGCAAAUCAACCCUCUUAGCAACAAUUCUUGGAGAAGUACCUAAAACACAGGGAAAUAUUGAUGUUUAUGGGAGGUUUGCAUAUGUUUCUCAAACAGCAUGGAUACAAACAGGUACAAUACGGGAAAAUAUUUUGUUCGGAUCUGAAUUGGAAGAUCAAAGAUAUCAAGAAACACUUCAGAGGUCUUCACUGGUAAAGGACUUUGAGUUGCUUCCCUACGGUGACCUAACCCAAAUAGGUGAAAGAGGAGUUAAUUUAAGUGGAGGUCAAAAGCAGCGAAUCCAACUUGCUCGAGCUCUUUAUCAGAAUGCUGAUAUAUAUCUAUUAGAUGAUCCAUUUAGUGCUGUUGAUGCGCAUACUGCAAAAAAUUUGUUUAAUGAAUAUAUCAUGGAAGGUCUCAAAGGGAAAACAGUCUUACUUGUGACUCAUCAAGUCGACUUCCUCCCUGCGUUUGAUUCUGUUUUGUUGAUGUCAGACGGGGUAAUCCUACAAGCUGGUCCAUAUAACGAGCUAUUGACGUCAAGCAAAGAAUUCAAUGACCUUGUCAAUGCUCACAAGGAGACUGCUGGUUCUAACCAGCAGCUUGUCGAUGUUACUUCUUCUAAGCAAUAUUCAACUACUAGAAACGUUAAACAAGAUCUCGUGGAAAAACAGUUUAAAGAAACAAAUGGAAAUCAAUUAAUUAAGCAAGAAGAAAGAGAGAAAGGAGAUGCAGGGUUGAAGCCUUACUUACAAUAUUUGAAUCAGAUGAAAGGCUAUAUAUUCUUCUCGAUGGCUUCGCUUUGUCAUAUUCUUUUUGUUACUUGUCAGAUAUUGCAAAACUCGUGGAUGGCUGCUAAUGUUGACAAUCCGCUUGUCAGCACAUUGAAAUUGAUUUUAGUUUAUUUCCUUAUCGGUGCUAUUUCGACAGUUUUCUUGUUCACCAGAAGUCUACUUGUAGUAGCUUUAGGUCUUCAAUCAUCAAAAUAUUUAUUUUCACAGUUGAUGAACUCCCUCUUUCGUGCACCUAUGUCAUUUUACGACUCGACACCAUUGGGAAGGAUACUUAGUAGGGUCUCAUCGGAUAUGAGCAUUACGGAUCUUGACAUUCCAUUUAGUCUCACAUUUGCUGUCGGAGGAACCAUAGUUUUUUACUCUAGUCUUACAGUUUUGGCAGUUGUCACAUGGCAAGUCUUGAUUGUGGCUAUACCAAUGGUUUAUGUUGCUAUCCGCAUGCAGAGAUACUAUUUUACCUUAGCGAAAGAAGUGAUGCGGAUAAAUGGCACAACAAAAUCAUCAUUAGCUAAUCAUGUAGCUGAAACUGUUGCGGGAGCUACAACAAUAAGGGCUUUUGAGGAGGAAGAUCGUUCUUUUGAGAAGAACCUUGGUCUAAUUGAUAUUAAUGCAAGUGCUUUUUUCCAUAGUUUUGCCUCAAAUGAGUGGUUGAUCCAGCGGUUAGAAACAAUCAGUGCGGUUGUUCUUACCGCUGCAGCACUUUGCAUGGUUAUGCUCCCUCCUGGAACUUUUACCUCAGGAAUUAUUGGGAUGGCACUAUCGUAUGGCCUCUCAUUAAACAAUGCCUUAGUAUUUUCAAUUCAAAAUCAAUGCACUCUUGCAAAUUACAUAAUAUCAGUAGAGAGGCUAAAUCAAUAUAUGCAUAUACAAAGUGAGGCCGAAGAAAUAGUAGAAGGAAAUCGUCCUCCUAUGAAUUGGCCCGAUGCAGGCAAAGUAGAAAUAAAUGACUUGAAGAUACGAUACAGAUCCGAUGGACCACUCGUACUUCAUGGGAUCACGUGCACAUUUAAAGCAGGUCACAAGAUUGGUAUUGUUGGCAGAACAGGCAGUGGGAAAUCGACUCUUAUCAGUGCAUUAUUUCGUCUUGUGGAACCAGCAGGAGGAAAAAUUGUAGUUGAUGGAAUAGACAUAUCAUCUAUUGGCCUUCAUGAUUUGAGGUCGCGUUUUGGGGUUAUACCUCAGGAUCCUACCCUCUUUGAUGGGACAGUAAGAUAUAAUUUGGACCCUUUAUCUCAACACACUGAUCAAGAGAUAUGGGAGGUUCUUGGGAAGUGUCAGUUGCGAGAAGUUGUCCAAGGAAAAGAAGAGGGUUUAAAUUCUUCAGUUGUCGAAGAUGGAUCAAAUUGGAGCAUGGGACAAAGGCAGUUAUUCUGUUUGGGGCGUGCUCUUUUGAGGAGAAGUAGGAUAUUGGUGUUGGACGAAGCAACUGCUUCGAUUGAUAAUUCUACUGAUCUGAUUCUGCAAAAAAUCAUUAGGGCUGAGUUUGCAGAUUGUACGGUGAUCACAGUAGCUCAUAGGAUACCAACUGUGAUGGAUUGCAGUAUGGUUCUUGCUAUAAGUGAUGGAAAACUGGCGGAGUAUGACGAGCCAAUGAGCUUGAUGAAGAGAGAAGAAUCGUUGUUCAGGAAACUCGUCAAGGAAUACUGGUCUCAUUUUCAGUCUGCAGAAUCACAUUGAUCCUUUUCUGUUGUACUGGCAAUAUAUCAAGAAUGUGAGCAGGAUGCAAAAUGUGUUUCUAGAUUUGGUUGGAAAAAUAACAGAAAAGUGUCAUAUAGUGAGUUUGAAGGAAGAUUCUAGAGUAAGGUAAGUAGGAGAAAAAUUCUAAAUUUUUAGAGUGAGACCAAGUGAAGGAGUUGCUCCAUCGGUGGCGGUUUAUUAUUUUUGUAUCUAUUUUUUUGUUUACUCAUUUUACAUAGUUUUAUUCUUGUAUGUAGUUUUUCAAUUGAAUAUUGUAACAAUAUCACUUCAUCUGAUAUAGAUCAGAUAUCAGUAUCAAUAUUAAUAUUAAUUUCGUUUUGUUUUAUA